ACAUUCACGGUAUGCCAGUGGACGACUGCUGCUGUACAGACCUUCAUGCCUAUUUAGGGACAGGAAGUCCUCCUGGUGGACUUGCCUUGCUGUCAGACAUCGUUAAAGCUGGCCUUCAGAGAGAACAUCAACUUAUGUGAAGUUAUCUCAAAAGAACAGGUUACAUGCGCGAGGCAGAGGGCGUGGCCGUGGCCGCGAGCUGACGCUUUGUGUUCAGGUCGACCCGAGCAGCGAGCGGUCUCUUCGGUCACCUGUCAGACCUCCGGACUGAGGACCGAGGACCGAACACGGUACGUCGUCUGUGUGCCCUUGUGUCACCCCGGCCUGGGUGCCAUGGUCCUCAGUUACACAUGAGCUCUACUAUGUGGUACAUCAUGCAAAGCAUUCAAAGUAAAUACUCCUUGUCUGAGCGGCUCAUCCGCACCAUCGCAGCCAUUCGCUCAUUCCCACACGACAAUGUGGAGGAUCUCAUUCGUAAGGGAGCUGAUGUGAACCGGAUGCAUGGCACACUUAAGCCCCUGCACUGUGCCUGUAUGGUUGCUGAUGCUGACUGUGUGGAGCUGCUGUUGGAGAAGGGCGCAGAGGUGAAUGCUUUGGAUGGAUAUAACCGAACAGCACUGCAUUAUGCAGCGGAGAAGGAUGAGAGCUGCGUGGAGCUGCUGUUGGAGUAUGGGGCCCAGCCAAACGCCCUGGACGGCAACAAGGACACUCCACUUCACUGGGCCGCCUUCAAAGAUAACCCAGAGUGUGUGAGGGCCCUGCUGGAGAGCGGGGCCUGUCCCAAUGCCAGGGACUACAACAAUGACACGCCUUUGAGCUGGGCAGCAAUGAAGGGCAACCUGGAGAGUGUCAAAGUUCUAUUAGACUACGGAGCCCAGGUCCAUGUGACCAACCUGAAGGGCCAGACCCCUAUCUCCCGACUGGUUGCCCUGUUGGCCCGGGGCCUGGGUACUGAACAGGAGGAGGAGUGCUUGGAGCUUCUGUGCCGCGCAGCAGGGCGGUUUGAGAUCCGUCGGGCUGAUGGUACCUUUCCCAGGGAGCUGAGUAAGGAUCCCCAGCUGCUGGCGAGGCUGACCAACAUGGUGGCUCAGGCUCCCACGCUUCGCUCUCUGGCACGCUGUGCCGUUCGUCAGAGUCUUGGAGUCCGGUUCCUCCCGACUGCAGUAAAAGAGCUUCCUUUACCAGAGACGAUCAAAGACUAUUUACUGUUGAGAGACUGAGGCGAUGAAACCAUCGGGGAGCUUUCAGACCUCACUGGCUGAUAAGUGGACAGCUCAUCACACAUCAUUUAUUGGCAAGGAAGUGUCUCCAUUAUUUAAUAGGAUGUUGUCUGACAGUGGCCCUCAUUUAUCAAACCUUGCAAAUGAGUAUCGAUUUAUGCCUCAUGAGAGAUGUUUAUACAUCUCCAAGUCUUUUUUUAUUAUUUUAUCAUUUCCAGUCCAUGUUCAUAUUGUUUCGUAAAAAACACUAAAAAGUGUGCACCGUUUGGUAGCUCUGGUCUGGCCUGUUAAAGUCUUUUCUCAGCCCACUGCAUGCAGUACGAAAAAGAAACUAUAACAUCAGGGUUGUUGGGCUUCAUCUUAGGAAUUGACCUACAUGAAGCUUGUGUCCAAUCAUCCAGCUGUUCACAAAGAGCCAGUGAGACUUUUGCAUUUUAAGUAGGCUUAUUAUUAUUAUUUUUUGUAUGCAAAAUGUACAAUAAGUAUUAAGUAUGAUACAUUUUAAUGCUCAAAUAUAAUGUUAUUAUGGUUUGUCACAGAGCAUUAGGAAAAUCUUAAAUGUAGAGUUUAGUUGUAAAAUUUGUCUAUCCUCAUUGUAAGAUUAGAUUUAAAUGUAUAAUGGGGGCUAAUGUCUAAUGAUACGGCUGUCGUGUAUAUGAUCGUUGGAGCGGCCAUCUUUCUCUCAAUGACGUCUCAGUGAACUCUCAUUGCAAACAUUUUUGUAGUACUAGGGGAAAAAGAAAAGGAAAAAAAUACACUUUAACCAGAACAGAAAAGAUUGUGCCAGACGAGAAUAGUUUUAUUUGUUUUGUAGAAGCAACGAAAUUUUGCAGAAUAUUAUUUUUGGUUUCACAAAAUGUGCCAGACACACUAAUCUUGCCUCCAUCUAGCCCUCUGAAAAUUGUCCAGUGUUGAUAAAAGUUAUGUCAACAUAUAUGUGAUUUACCAUUUAUUUUGGCUUUAUUUUAAUGAAGGACGCCAUUGCCAAGGAAGAAUGUAAUGUUCUUUUUUUCAGUCUUAACUUUUAAAAGUUUAGGUUUUCAAAGGUGCUCCCAGGUCUAAAAUUUUGCUGCAUAUGUUUAAAAAGUACUUAAAAAUGAAAUGUAGAGACAUGAAAUGGCAUGAUAACUAAGUUUUUGUCCUUUGAAAGAUUUACUGAAUAAGCUUGCGAAAUGUGUUGACGUUUGUUAUGGCAUCCGUCUGAAAUCCGACCAUUUCUGUGCUUGGUUUUGUUUUCUUCCUCUGCCGCUGUAAAAAUGAACCUCUAAGAUAACGUCUUGUGUACACCUGCAAAAGUGCUUUUUUCUUUGUCAAUGAAAGUAAAUGCCUUUAUAUUCCA